AUGAAACAUAAUGAAACUCCACACUUUCUUUGGCUGGCAGCUGGUCUGUCCGGUAUUGCUUCACGGCCGCUGGGCUGGUCGUCUGCUUUUUGUCCUGAGGCCGACUUGACACUGCGAGCCCUGAGGCGUUGGCCGGUGGCCAAGCCCCCCAAGGCUCCCAAGAGACCCACGCGGCUGGAGCCGCCCUACUUGGACGACCCUACCUUCGUCCACCCAGACCAGCAGAACCAGGGCGAGCGCGAGUGGCUGAUGAAGCACAACGGUGGAGGCGUGAAGGAGUUGCCUGGCUUGCCUGAUGACUAUGAGUGGAUUAAGGAUGCCGCCGAGAAGGACGAAAAUGCUUGGAUCGCAGUAAAGAAGCGGAUGUCGAAGGUGACCUUCGAUGCGAUCAAACGCACCACAGCUGAGUUGCAGGAUGCGCUUUACACGCGACAGCCGCUGGUGAUCCGCCAGCAAAUUGAAGUAGCCAUGGAGCAGAACAAGGCCAAAGAAGGCCCCAGCAGCAAGGCGAUCCUCCAAGCAGAGGAGUAUGCCAAGAAGCUCGAGGACUAUGAGAAGGAGCAAGAGGAGCUUCGGGAGAAGGAGGAGGAGGAGCUUCGACAGGAAGUGGCCGACUUGGACCUCACCGAGGCCGGAGAUGGGGAGGACCAGCAAGAACUGGGGAGGACAUUCCCCAAGCAAAAGAAGCGAUGUCCAUGA